AUGGAUGAUAUUUAUGAUGCUUAUGCUAAUUGGGACGAAAUUGUGCUCAUCACUGACAUGAUUAAUAGGUGGUCUGAAAAUGACUUUACUCGGUUACCAGAUUACAUGAGAUAUUUGUAUGAAGUAUUUGAGGAAUAUUUUGAUUGGUUGGAGAAGGAAAGUGCCCAACGAGGACUUUUCUAUGGCGUCCAACAUUUAAAAGAAAUGGUAAAGGUUUUGGCAAAUGCAUACUUCGAAGAGGCAAGAUGGGUUCAAGAAGGUUAUAUACCUACUGUAGAAGAAUACAUGAAUUGUGCAGGAUUGAUUACGUCUUGUGGUCGGAUUCUCACAAUUAUUUCCUUUAUUGGAAUGGAUCCAAUUUUAGCAACUAAAGAGGCUUUUGAUUGGGUGAUCAACAAUCCACCCAUCAUCAAAGCCACCGGAUUUAUUAUGAGAUUAUCCGAUGAUAUUGUUGGAUUUAAGUUUGAGCAACAAAGAAAGCAUGUGGCAUCUGCAAUACAAUGUUAUGUGAAAGAGCAUGAUGUGUUGGAGGAAAUAGCGAUACAUGAGUUAAGAAAGGAAAUGAUUGAUGAAUGGAAAGAUAUCAAUUAUGAAUUGAUUCAUCCAAUUGAUCAGAUCCCAUUGGCCCUACUUACACGUGUCGUUAAUCUAGCACGAUGCAUGAAUGUGUUUUACAAGGAAGAAGACGUGUUCACACAUUCUCAAAGUAAAAUGAAAGGCAUCAUCACUUCUAUGUUCGUUAAUCGUGUUGGCGGAUAA